AUGAGGAACGCAACAGUCCCCUCCAGUAUUGAAACGAGUGUUCUCAAAAACACUGAAACGCUGCUGUGUGUUUUUCUGCUGACUGCAGUCGUAGCGUUGUGUGUCUUCUUCACUCAAGAGAGACAACAGCUCGUGUCCAGGAAUGAGAAUCUGACUAGAGAGAGAGACCAGCUGAAACAGGAGAAAAAUGAUCUUCAGACCAGUCUCGGUAAAGUGGAUGGAUGGAUCUGCCAUCAAUCCAGUCUGUACUUUUUUUCCUCUGAGAGGAAGAACUGGACGGAGAGCAGAAGAUCCUGCAGAGAGAGAGGAGCAGAUCUGAUCAUCAUCAACAACAGAGAGGAAGAAGACUUUGUUACGCAGGUGUCUGUUUUUAAUGCAAUCUGGAUUGGUUUGACUGACGCUGAUGAAGAAGGCAGAUGGAAAUGGGUUGAUGGCAGCACAAUGACCUCUGGCUUCUGGAUGUCUGGAGAGCCAAACAGUUUCAUGGGUCUAGAGGAAGACUGUGUCUUAGCUUCAUAUGGAUGGAAUGAUUCUCCGUGUAAUGUGGCAUAUGGAUGGAUUUGUGAGAAGACUAUUUUUUAAAAUGAAACUAUCACAACCACAACACAUACUUUAUGUACCUAAAUAUGAUAUACACAACGGUAGCUCUUUACAGUUAGUGUACUUCUCUGGUACAUGCGUGGUAAAUAUCUACAGGCAAAUGUGUGUCUUGUCAUGUACCACACCCAGGCAUGUGAUCGGACAUUGGACAGAUCUGUUUCGGACAUUGAAAAUAAAAUGUUUUUGAGCAGCAAAGCAGCAUAUUAGAAUGAUUUCUGAAUGAUCAUGUGACAUUGGAGACUGGAGUAAACAAUAUGUAACUUUAUAUUCACAUAAAAACAGUUGUUUGAACCGUUAUAAUAUUUCAUAAUAUUGCUGUUUUACUGUAAAAAAUUAAUGCAGCCUUGGUGAACAUGAGAUUUCUUUUAAAACCUUAAGCAAAUCUUACAGAUCAAAACUAUUCAAUGGUAUGUGUGAAAUAUGUACUCACGGAAAGGUCUGCUUGUUGUCAAUGCUUUAUUACCAUGUGUUUUAUUUUGCUUUUUUAGCAGCUCUUCAUCCUCAUCUAAUUAAGAUAAAGAUUAUUAUCUCUCAACAUAUUUCUUUAAAGAAAUAAAAAC